UGAGUGUGAUGUAUAGUAAAAUUUUGAAGAAAAAAUAUUAAAAUAUGAAACGCGAUUGAAAUGCCAUGUUUUUAAUAAAUAUUUGUGGCAUAAUUGUACAAUUAAAAUAAUGUAAUAAAUUAAAUAAAAAUUAUAAAAGAAAUAGAAUAAAUUUAAUGAAUAACUAUUAAAAAACGUGUUAAAAAUUGAAAAGUAGAAACAAAAAAAAAUACUUGCUUUAAAUCAAUUUUUCGUGUUAAAUUUUUUAUUUAGAGCGGGAGGUGAGAAAAAGAAGUAAAGUGAAUAUAUUGAAACGAAUAGAAUAUAUAGUUUAAGCAUGCGGAUCAAAAAAGAUGGCUAGAUAUUUCACAUUCAUCUGAUUGGAUUUAAAAAAAAAAUAAAUAUUUUGAAGAAAAAUUAGUGUAUUAACUAAAUAAAAGAUACAGAAAAAAUUUUUUUCAAAUCAAAAUAUAGAAAUUAAAAAUAAAAUUAAAUUUCAUCAAUUUAAAUGUUCAAUAUAUGAAGGAGGAAAAAUGAGAGCACAAAAUAAAAAUACUUAAUAAAUAUGAAGAUCGACCAACACAACAUUUUAUAGAAAUAUUUAAUUUUAAAUUAAUACACAGUAAUUUUGGAAUGUUUUAAUAAUGAUAAGACAAUUUAAUUUAGAGGAACUGUUUAAAAAUAUGUUAUUAUGGAUCCGUCGAGUGAUGUAAAGUCGUCUGUUAAAAACGAGAGUGGCGGUAAUAUUACAACAAAUGAAACAGAUACCAAUAAUGUGAAUCCUGUUAGCGUAUUUAAAGACUUACAUGACACUAUUAGUAAUAAUAAUACGGUAUUACCUCCUCCAACAACAACAACAUCUAUAUCCUUAUUACAAAACAAUGCUCAAGAUGAUUCAGAUUUUGAUGAAGAAUCGGUUCCAUUGUUACAACUUUCACAACUGAAUAGUAACAACAAUAGUAAUUCAAGCACAAAUAGUAAUAGUACUACAAAUAGUAGCAGUAAUGUAAAAUUGCAACGGCAACAAAAGAAACGUCGAGAACGUGCUCAGCGACUGCAAGCUGAACGUAUGGCUGGAACUCUUUCUAAUCAAUUAUCAAUUAGAUUACAAAAUGAGAAUAACAACAAAACUAUUUUUCGCUCUUCAAAUGACUUGAUAACUAAUGCUAUAUCCUCAGCUACGGUAACUGUUACAGGUGCUAUAGGAGUGUCACCGGCAGCGUCUUCAAAUUUCAAAAUGAAAUCAUCGACUGUAAAUAAUUCAACAAUAACAUCAGCCGAUGCAGCUACGGUAGCUCUAAAUAAUUGUACUUUGAAUAGUGGUAUAAAAGAAAGAUCAGAAUUGUCUUUGAAUAAUGCUGCAACUCCAAAUAUUGAUAGCAACAUUAGUUUAAAUUCUUUUAGUAAUUAUAAUAAUAAUAAUGCUAGCAAAAUAUUAAAUAAUAUUAACUGUAAUAUAUCGUCGUCUUCAACAACGACUUCGUCAACAUCUUCAACAGUAUUAUUACCAGCACCAAAUUCUAUUAUUAACGCUAACAUAAAUAAUUCUAACGAUUUAGUAAUGUUGCAAACACCCGCAUCGAUUUUAGCUAAUCAGUUAUUACAUCCCCAACCUAUUAGUUUAACUAGCGGAGUUGGUAUGGAAGAGUAUGAAGAAGAUGAUGAAAGUAUUGAUGAAGAUUUACUUUCAACUUCGUCAUCUUCCACAUUACUGUUACCUAGAGAAAAAAUACCAACAUCAACGAGAGCUCAAAUAGUAAGAAAUAAUGUUUGCGCAGGAAGAAAAAAUCAGUCAACUCCAGUAAAAAAUUUGGGAUUUAUUAGCCCAGAUUCUCCAGUAUUGGAAGAAGAUAUAAUUGAUGGAUUUUCAAUAUUAGCUUUUAAAACUUAUGAAGAUUUAGAAUAUGCUGUAAAAUUUGCACAAAAGAAAAAGGAAAAACGUUUAUCAGCAUUGGAAGAGCUUACUUCAAAUUACUCUAUAGAAGAAAAAUCGCCGAAAAUAAUUGAAUUCGGACCACACCAAAAUGAUAGGGAAAAAGAUUUACGUGAUCGAGAGCGUGAAUGGAAUGAUUUUCAUCAUAAUUUCUCAAACAAUGAUGUUCAGCAAGAAAAUCAUCUACUAAUUAAUAAUAGCAACAAUAAUCAGAAUACUAUAAAUAUAAAUAACUUUAAUAACAAUAAUUGUGUCAGUAGUGUCAGUAAUAAUGACAACAACAGCAACAACAAUAACAAUGUUAAUAAUAAUGUUAACUGUGUCAAUAAUAACACUAAUAAUAUUAACAAUGAUAAUAUUAAUAGUAAUACUAUUAACAAUAUUAAUAGUAAUAAUAGUAACAAUAAUAAUAGUAAUACUAGUAAUAAUAAAACUAUUAAUAGUACUAUUAAUAAUAAUACAUGUAGUAACAGUAAUAAUAAUAAUAAUAAUAACAACAACAAUACUAAUAAUAAUAAUAAUACUAGUAAUAAUAAUAAUGAUAGUAGUAGUAAUAAUAACAGCAACACAAAUAAUGCCAAUAAUAGACAUAAUAGCAAUAAUAACAGCAGUUUUUAUUAUUUCUAUAACAACAACCACAAUAACAGCUGUUUCAGUAAUAAUGAUAUUUCUGAUAAUAUUAGUAAUAAUAGCUAUAACAGCAACAACGUCGAUAAUAUCGCUGUUAGCAAUAAUAACAAUCAGAAUAAUAAUAACAAUAAUAGUAAUAAUAUUAAUAAUACUAAUAAUAAUAUAAACAACAACAAUAGAAUCAUUGGUGAAAAUGACACUAAUAGUAAUAAUAAUAAUGCCAAUAAUAAUAUUAAUAAUUAUAAUAAUAAUAUUAAUCUUAACUGUGGUAAUACUACUAUUUCGAUUAAUAACAAUGGUAGUAGUGAUAACAUUGUUAAUAAUGGAAACAAUAAUAGCAACAUUAAUAGUAUGGACAACAAUACAUGCCAGAAUAAUUUUGGUGUCAACAGUAAUAAUAACGAAAGUAUAGAUAACAAUAAUACCGCUAAUUGCGUCAAUAGAAUUAAUGACGGCAAUGGUAACUAUAAUAAUAGCAAUAGCAAUAUAAUAAACAAUAAUCAAAAUAGCAACGGUAAUCCUAAUGAAAAGAGUAAUAAUAGCACUAAUAGUGAUAAUGACAACCGUAAUAGUAAUAACAAUAGUAAUGAUAAUAAUAAUAGAAGCAUCGGCAAUGAUAACGGAAAUAAUAGUAAUAAUAUUAAUGGUAAUAAUAAUUAUAAUAAUAAUAAUAAUAAUAAUAAUAAUAAUAAUAAUAAUAAUCAAAAUAAUAAUAAUAAUAAUAAUGUUAAUAAUAAUAGUAAUUGUAAUAAUGUUAAUAAUAAUAGUAAUUCUAAUAAUGUUAAUAAUAAUAAUAAUAAUAAUAAUAAUAAUAAUAAUAAUAAUAAUAAUAAUAAUGGCAAUAAUGUUAAUAAUAAUAAUAACAAUAAUAGCAAUAAUAAAAAUGGUAACAAUAAUAAUGGUAAUAAUAAUGAUAAUAAUAACAACAAUAAUAAUAACAAUAAUAUCAAUAGCAUUAAUAAUAUUAUUAAUAAUAAUAACAAUACCAAUAAUAAUUGUAAUAGCAAUAAUAACGAUGAUAACGACAAUAAUAAUAAUAAUAAUGAAAUAAUAGAAAAAGCUAAUAACAACAAUAUGAAUAAUAACGUUACUACUAGCAAAAACAAUAGUCAUGAAAGUAACGAUGAUAAUAAUAACCUUAAACGCAACAGUUGCUCUAAAAUAAUUGAAAACAUUGGUAAUAGUAGUAUUAAUAAUGAAGAUAUCAAUAUUAAUAAUAAAAACGAUGUUGUUGACACAAAUCGAUGUAAACAUAAUGAUAAUAGCAUUAGUAGUAACAGUAAUAAUAAUAAUGGUAACAGUAAUAAUAAUAAUAGUAAUAAUAGUAAAAAUAAUAAUAAUAAUAGUAAUAAUAAUGAUAAUACAAAUAAUAAAAAUGAUCUAAAUAGUGAUAACUGCAAUAGUGCCGCAAAUAUUAACAUUAGUAAUAGUAUUAAUAAUGAUAAUGUUGACAUCAGCAGGAGUAAUUUUAAUAAAAAUAAUAGUAAUUUUGAAAACAAAAAUGAUAAUGACAACAGUAUUGAUAAAAAUAGCGAUAGUUGUAGUAGUAACAAAAAUGAUAAUAUAAAUUAUAAAAUUAAUAAUAGUAAAAACGUCGAUGAAAGCAUAAAUUCACAUAAUAUAAAUAGCAAAAACGAUAAUAUGAUUGAUAAUAGUUGUAGCAUUGAUAAUAAAAGUAACAUCAGCACUGUUAAUCCGUAUCAGUAUGCUGGUAAUGGAAGUGGAAAUAGUAGCAAAAAUAAUGAAAUCGUUUUUAAUAUUGAAAAUAACUUCAAAAUUAAUAAAAAUACCUGCAACAAUAAUGAAAGCAGUAGUAAUAAGAGCAACAUAUUUGAUCAGAAUAUUAGUUAUCGAGCUAGUAAUGAUAAUAAUAAUAAUAGUAAUAAUAAUAACAAUAAUAAUAGCAAUAAUAUUAAUAAUGAUAGCGUUAAUAAUAAUAAUAAUUGCAAUAAUAAAAAAUACAUUGGUAAUACCAAUGUUAGUAAUAAAAGUCUUAAUGAUAUACCUAAUAAUGAACGUAGAGGAAACAAUGAAGGUAAUAACAGCAGCAACUUUAAUAUAAGUAAUUUCCACACAAAUGAUAUAAGUGAUCUUAAAGUCGAUGAUAUUGGUAACAAAAAUAAUAACAAUGCCAGUAACAAUAGUAAUAAAGUCAGUAAUGAAAUAAAUGAUAGUAAGAAUAUUAAAAAUAAUGACAAUAACAUUAAUAUUAAUAAUAAUAGCAACAGAAUUAAUGAAGAAUAUGUAAAUGAUAAUAUUCGAAACGAUAAUGUCAGUAGUUGUCACAAAGAAAUUUACAAAAAUAAUAAUAUAUUAAAUAAAAACAAUCAAAAUAAUUUUAAUUCAAGUUGUAGUAAUAAUUUGAAUUAUAUGAGUAAUAUGGGAAAAAAUGUUGAUAGUUCAAAUAAAUUAAAUUCUAUAUUAAAUAGUGCUAAUUGUAUUAACAGCAAUAAUAGCAACAUUGAUACUGUUAGUAAUAAUAAUAAUUAUAAUAGCUCAAGUAAUGUGAACAACGAUGUAAAUAUUAUUAGUAAUACUGAUUGCAGUAAAAAUAACAACAAUAGCAUAAACAGUGCAAGUAACAUAAAUGGUUCAAACAAGUUAAACCGAAACUUUAAGAGUUGCAAUAAUGAUAACAUUAUUUUAUCUCAAAGCCAUACAGCUUUAAAACAUAACUUACCUCACAUCCCAGAUGGAGGAUCUGUGGUAUUUCCUUCACCGCCAACGCAAAUUACAAGUCCAACAACACCUAGGAAAUCAUCCGAACUGCAAAUUACUGGAUUAUCAAUAAGUAAUGGGCCACUAGGAGAAAAAACAAGUCCAGUGUCCGUAGUAUCACAAAGUACUGUACCUGGUACAACCGUCACGCCUAAUUCCACUUCAGCAACCUUAUCCGCGCCAAAUGUUUCGUUGUCAUUUCCGGCACAGAUCUCAAAUGGUCCAGUUACUACACAACAAUCACCGAUUUCUGCAUCAUCUCAGUCAAAUAGCAAUAAUAAUAUACCAAAACUCAUUCAGAACAACUCAACCGCAAGUUGUAUAAGCAAUUCUGGAAUUUGUACAUACACUUCCGCAAAUUUGCCGCCAUCUCAUUUUAAUCCAUCGCAUACAGUUUCGAUAGCACCUCCUGUAAACACUUCAGCCACGUUAGCGCUAACAACAGGAGCAAUUACAAAUAAUACUGCGCCACUAUCUUCAGCUAACAUAAAUAACCCAAACAAACAAAUCGUUACCAAUGCUUUGAAUAUUUCAACAACACAUCACCAGCAGCAGCCAUUUGUAGGAUCAAUAUCUAAUUUAUCUUGUUCUUCUUUAAGUACUUUAGCAAAUGGUUUUCCUGGAUCCAUACCCUCAACAAUUACAGUAUCACAUCCAAUUACAAGCUCAAGAAUCUCAUCAGCAUCACCUCAUUCCUGUAUGGCAGUUACUCCAUCUACAAAUAGCAAUCAAAUUAUAUCAACAACUUCUGUUAUAAAUGGUUCUGUUCCAGGCAAUUCUAUACCUGUUGCUGUUAGUUCCGCUGGUGGUUUGACAUCAACUGCAAAUGCAGUUCCGCUUUUAGCACCAGGGCAGCUACAUCAGCAUAAUUUAGAUAUUUCACUGCCAACAACUCAAAUAAAUAACAAUGGAACGUUAUCCAAUCCUUGCACUUUACCUACGGUUCAACCAAGUCCCAAUUUCGAAGAUGGAUUAAAUUCUUCACACCAACAAAACAUUAUAAUGCACAAUGGUAACAAUUUGUCUUCAACAGUAUAUCGAGGUUCAUAUCCUAGUUAUCCGCUUUAUACGCCAUACGGAGAUUAUAGACAUAAUCCAUAUUUGCCACCUUCAGUGCCAUCACCAAGUGCUUCGCCAAGGGCUGCAGACAGUCGGAGUAUAGCAAAUUCAAAUAAUUCCCGUAGUGAAUCUGCGUUAAUUUCUAAAUCUACCCUGAGACCUUUAACCCCUUCGAAUAACACAUCUAUUGUGAAUUCUAACGUUCCGGUGGGUAUAAAUAACAAUGCUGGCAAUAACGCAAUGGGUGCUAAUAACGCAAAUAAUUCGGGAACUAUUAAUAUGGGAAUGUCGCAUAUGCCACCGUCAGGGAUUCCGCAGUUGAAUCCUGGUCUCAGAGAUCACCACGCAUCUUCACAUCACGCAAAUAAUUCUCAAAUACAACAUACGCCAACUCAAUAUUCACAAUCUCAGCGUUCUCAAAUUCAUCAACACCAACAAUCUUCUCAGCCAAUGCAAGCUUCAAGCACACAUUUUCCUCCUAUUACAACUUCGCAAAACACAUCAUCGUCAUCGUCUGUGAUACCUAGAACCCAUUCACCAAGAGGUCAUAGUCCAAACCGUGAAAGAGAAAGCUAUGGUAGUAGUGUAAGUAGUUUAUCACGGUCGUCUAAUACGCCUAGUACCGGAGCACCUUACAGUUCAGCACCUACAGGACCUUCACCAUCUUUGCCAUAUAGUACAAGUGCUCACGGAACAAGCAAUUCUUCACCUCUUCCAUCUACGGCAAUAAGCGGAAAUUCUAGUCUUCAUUUCACCAAAAGUUCCGGUUGGUGCAGCGCUACAACCACGCCACCUGUAGUAACAAAUACUGUAACUCGACCAACUCCACCACCUGUAAGUUGUGUAUCUAUAUCUCCUCAUCAUAACAUUACUCCAGUAUCUUCAUCAACGGUAACGACUUCAACAACAACAUCUCACUCAAGUUACCAACAAACAAUAUUUGCGACGCCGUUGCCUCCGACUGCACCUGUUGUUAGUUCUGCACCAUCCACAACAGCACCUCAUCCUUUUUCUGCAGAAUCAUUGUUGAAUAAUAAAACGGAUCAAGCAGAUUUAUUAAGAAGAGAGUUGGACUCUCGUUUUUUAGACAGAUCGGGUUUAGCGGUUCAAUCUGGACCAUACCUUCGGCAAGAGCUACAUCAUCAUCAACACCAACAUACACAUUUACAUCAACAUCAACAAAUUUUGUCAGCAGCACCACCAACUGCAGCUCCUCUUUUUCCUCCACCACUAUUUAAGGAUUUACCCAAAAUUGGAGCAGUAGAUUCUCCAUUCUACAGAACUGGUUUGGGAAUUCCCACUUAUCCGGGAUAUUCCCCUAGCUUAUUACAUCCUGCUGGACUUGGGGGGCCAACACCGUUCGUACCUCCAAGUCACUUACCAUCAUUUGCGCCAAAGCAACAAAAUCCCAUCGCAGAUCCUAUUAAGCCACAAAUUAUGAAAACGGGAAGGUGGAAUGCUAUGCAUGUAAGAAUCGCGUGGCAAAUAUAUAAAGAUCAAAAUGAAAAGCAAAAUACUGAUAAAUCCUCAAGUGCAUCCGCUGUCACUCCUGCAGCAUCAUCAUCGGCAUUAAAUGCUGCGGCAGCUUCACUAAAACCUUCAUCAUCUGCUAUGGAUAUGUUACGGCCGUCAACACAUAUGUUCCCCUCGUCAGCAACGCAAUUAUCAAGUUUAACAAGACCUCACGAGUUGCCAUCUGCAGCAUAUCCAAGCAGCUUAUCAGGACGAUCGCCUUAUGACACGGCUCCUUUACCCCCUACUCUUUUUGGUGCGAGUCAUUUAGCUUCACCGUUUACGAGAUAUGGACCUCCCCCAUUUUCAACGCCGUUUACCUUAUCACCAUUUGCCCGUGAUAUUCCAAUAGGAACACCUUUACAUGACCCAUGGAGAUCGAGUUUAUCACGUACUGUUGCUGGCUAUUCGCCAAUUCCAGGGCAACCUACGUGGCCUACUCUAAAGCCAGAUCCAACAAUCGAUGCAGUUAGAAGAGAAGCGGAAGAGAGGGAGCGAGAACGGGAAAUACGCGAACGCGAACAUCGUGAAAGGGAACGGCAAAGACAAAGAGAAAGAGAAGAACGUGAAAGAAAAGAAAAAGAAGAAAAGUUAAAAAGAGAACAGCAAGAACGUGAAGCAAGAGAAAGAGAACGUGAGAGAAAAGAGCGAGAAAGGCGCGAAAUCGAACGUAGAGAAAUUGCCGAAAGGGAGCGAUUGUUGCAACAGCAACGAUUAAAUGAAAGUACAAAAUUAGCGGCUGCACAAGCUGCAGCUGCUGCAGCACGAGAAAGAUCUCCAUUGAGAAAUGGAACUGAUCCUAAUGACAUUAGAAUAAAGGAAGAAAUGCCUAGAAAGGAAGAUCAGGAACUUUUAAUGCGUUCCGCGGCGGCAGCGGCGGCUGCAGCAGCCGAUCCAAGAUAUCACCCCUCGUCAGCAGCUCUCGCUGUAGCGCAAGCGCAAGCUCAUCAUCAGUUUAUGACAGGUCGACAUGGUCCGCAUGUUUUGCCACCUCCACCUCAUUUAUCUAGAUCUAUGAUGCCUCCUACUAUAGGUGGGCCGCCAUUAACACAUUUUGGUCCACCAACUGGACAUCCAGGAUGGUCGCUAGAUCCAUAUCGUGAUCCUUAUGGUCAAAUGCUAAGGUAUAAUCCACUGAUGGAAGUAAUACGAGUAGAAGAGGAACGUAAAGCUCUAAGCAUGCAUGCAGCAUAUUCGGCAGCAAUGCGUGGUAAAGAACCAAGUCCUGUACCACCACCUAGUGGAUCUUCGCAAGCACCUCAGCAACAUAGAAUAAGUGCAAUGAAUGUCAUAUCGAAUACUCCACAGUCACAAUCAGUUGUAGGACCACCACAAUCUGGAAAUCCGCAAAACAUUAAAGGUGGACCACAACCCAUGCCAUCUAUGCAGCACAGUAUUUCUCAACAUAACAUGGCAGUUGCAGUAGAUAUACAUAAAAAAGAUGAUUCUUCAACACGAUGAUAAAUAAACAUUACAAAGGCUUAAAAUCCAAAAUGUUUAAACAUUUAAUAAAUAUUAUUUAUCUUGUGAACUACUAAAUAUGAUUUACGUAUUAAUCUAAUAAGGAAUUUAAUUGGAAGUAAAAACAUAAUUUUUUUUAUAAUUAUCUUCCAAAAAUUUCUUCCUAUAUAAAAUCCAACUACAAUAUUUAAGUUUUGUGAUACAAGAAAGAAGAAAUAUUUUUCAUUUUAAAGGGAAAUACAUUUUUUUAUGUAUAAUUCCUAAUGUAAAUUAAUUAAUUAGCUAAUAAGAUUGCAUGUACAAUAAAACUUGCUAGUGUAAAUUUCAUAAAACAUUUUAUAUGAACCUGUUGAUAAAAUGACAAAUAAUGUAAAUAUGUACUUGAUAUUGCAAAUAUUUGUAUAUGAUAUUUAAGAUAAUAUUAUGUAUUUUAUUAGAAUUUUUCUCUCAAAAAUUGCAAUUCAUUGAUUAUUUUAAUUAUAUAUUAUUAUGAUAAACCCAGUGAAGAAAAAACCAAAUAGGAAAAUGACAAUAUAGGAAAAUGACCAAAUAGAAAAAUCUCAUUUUCGAGUCUAUAAUGCUUUUUUUAUUUUUCCAUUUAAAAAAAAAAAACCGAGGAUAUUUAGUUCUUUUAAUUGAUCUCCCACGUAAUUAAGUUGAAAUUUUCAUUUAAUCAACACAAAAAAAAAAAAAAAGUAAACCUAGCAAAAGAGAAAAAAUAAUAAAUUUCAUAAAAAUUUUCUCACAUGUUUUCAAUGCAAAUUUUGUAAAAUUAAAAAAAAAAAUUCCAAAUUUUAAAUGAUUUUUAAUUUUUUAAGAAAAAAUAUAAAUAAUUUUAUUUUAAUAUUCAAUAUAAUGCUAUAAAAUUUAUAAUUUUUAUUGCGUAACUCAUAUUAAAGAAAAAUGAAG